AUCAUCACUUCUCCAUCUUCUCUUUUUCUGUUUCAUUAUUCUCUCUUCUCUUUCUCAAAUUCCUUAAUUUUGUUUACCUCAAAUCAAUAUCAUAUCACUAACAAUAAAAAUCCUUCCUUUAAUGUUGAAACUGACCAAAAAUGGCGAAAAUCCUCAUACCCCUUUUAGACAGAUGUCAAUCCAUGUCUGAACUUAAGCAAAUUCAUGCUCUGUUACUCACUUUUGGCCUCUACCAACAAGACCAAUAUUCCUCAAAAAUCUUAUCUUUUUCUGCUAUUUUUGAUUCCCCUAAUGCUGAUUACUCCUAUCGUUUCUUAUCAUUGCAACUCUCUAAUCCCUCAACGUUUGAUUGGAAUACCGUUAUAAGAGGUUACUCCAAGAGCCGUAAUCCAAACCGGUCUAUAUCGGUUUUCAUCCAAAUGUUGAGAGGUGGGUUCUCGCCUGAUCAUUUAACAUACCCUUUUCUUGCUAAGGCUGCGGCUUCAUUGAUGAAGCUAGAACUUGGUGUGGCUGUUCAUGGUCACAUAUCCAAACAUGGGUUUGAAUCAGAUAGGUUUAUUGGGAAUUCAAUGAUUCAUAUGUAUGCUUCUUGUAGGGAUAUUACUUAUGCACGUAAGGUGUUUGAUAAUAUGUUUAAGAAAAAUUUAGUUUCGUGGAAUUCUAUGGUUGAUGGGUACGCGAAAUGUGGCGAUGUGAACUCGGCGCGGGGAGUGUUUGAAUUGAUGGAGGAGAGGGAUGUUGUGUCUUGGAGUUCUUUGAUUGAUGGGUAUGUUAAGGCUGGGGAAUAUGUUGAGGCUUUGAAGCUGUUUGAGCUAAUGCAAUGUGAAGGGCCCGAAGCGAAUGAGGUUACUAUGGUGAGUACUUUGUGUGCUUGUGCUCACUUAGGUGCCCUUGAGCAAGGAAGGGCAAUGCAUCGUUACAUUGUUGAGAACAAGUUGUUGUUAACCUUGGUGCUGCAAACGUCGCUUGUGGACAUGUAUGCGAAAUGUGGUGCGAUAGAUGAGGCUUUGAGUGUGUUUCGUGGGGUUUGGACACGAAGAACAGAUGUGUUGAUUUGGAAUGCGAUGAUUGGAGGACUUGCAACUCAUGGAUUUGUUAAAGAGUCUCUUGACUUGUUUGAUGAAAUGCGAACGAUUAGAAUUGUCCCGGAUGAGAUUACUUAUCUGUGCUUGCUAAGUGCUUGUGCUCAUGGUGGAUUAGUGAAAGAAGCUUGGUACUUCUUUGAGUGUCUUGAUAAACACGCUAUGACACCGAAGAGCGAACACUAUGCUUGUAUGGUGGAUGUUUUGGCACGAGCGGGAGAAGUUGAUAAGGCAUUUCGAUUUAUCAACCGAAUGCCAAUAAAGCCAACAGCCUCAAUGUUAGGUGCUUUGCUAAAUGGUUGUAUGAACCAUGGAAAAUUUGAUCUGGCAGAAAUAAUCGGAAGGAAGCUAAUAGAGAUUGAGCCAGAUCAUGAUGGUAGAUAUGUAGGAUUGUCAAAUAUUUACGCUGUCUCCAAGCGUUGGGAUGAUGCAAAAAGUUUGAGGAAAACCAUGGAGAAGAGAGGAGUUAAGAAAUCCCCUGGUUUUAGCUUUGUGGAGGUUUCUGGACUGCUUCAUAGAUUCAUUGCCCAUGAUAAUGUUCAUCCCGAGUCUAAGCAAAUUUAUUCAUUCCUGAAUUUUAUGACAAAUCAAAUCAAAUGUGAUGUUAUCUUUGAAAAUCAAGACUUCAUCUUACCAGUGGAAGAUUUUUGCUUUUAGUCUUGAGACAAAUAUACUAGUUAUUUUCUUUC